UACAUCAAAAUGAAAAAUAAAAAGUUUGGUUGUAACACAUCUCACAAGUUACAACACAAAGCCACCUCCUUUGUUUCGGUGGCAACAUCUAAUGAUGCAUGCAUGGUUUGAUAUAAUAUAAGCUAAAUUAAUUUAUAUAUAUAUGUAUGUAUACAACUCGGUUGGUAUCUAAUUUUAGAUUGACUAAAUAAAGUCUUUCUACAAAUUUAGAUAGAUGGAGAGAUAGAGAGACAAUCUAGCUAGUGUGAUGUAAAUUUAUCCUAUAAUUCUAGAAAAAAUAGGUGAAAACAAUCUUCUGGGGGUGUUCUGUUCUGUUCAUACAAGCCUUUCUUUCCCCCAAAAGAAAAAAAAAGUUUGAAGAGAAUGAGAGAGAGAAAGAGUUAGAGAAUUUUGUUUGAAAAGAUAAAAAGAGAGAAGACUGGUAGAGAAGGAGAAGGAGGAGGCUCAUAGUCAAAUCAAAGUGAAUGGAGAAUGUUAGUUGAGAUCAUCAAAGUUUAAACCAAACAAAACAAGCAAAGAAGAUAUGAAAAAGAAAGAAGAGAAAUUUGGUUUCUUAAAAAAUUGAGAAAAGUGGGGUUGUGUUGAAAAGAAAGGAGAGAAAAAUUAGUAGACGGAAAAAGAAGAAUAAUGAUGGAUUAUUUGAUGAAGAAAGAUGUAUUUGAAGAAGUGGCAAUAAUAAGUGGUUUGAUAGUAAUGCAAUUUGUUUAUGCUGGAAAUUCUAUUGUUCUAAGUUAUCUUAUGUCAAUUGGUCUUGCUUCUUCUACCAUUGUUAUUUACUCUUCCUUUGCCACUUUCUUCAUCUUAUCUCCAAUUGCUUUUCUCUUUGAAAGAAGCAAAUGGCCCAAGAAAUUCAGCUUGAAACUCAUAACUCAGAUGGUGGUAAUAGCCUUUGGAGGGGUAACUUUAUUCCAGUCUCUUCUGUUAAAGGGUAUUAGUUUAACAUCACCAGCAAUGGCAACAUCCAUGCCAAAUCUCACUCCUGGUCUAAUUUUUAUAAUUGCUUGGAUAUUAAGAUAUGAGAAAGUGAAACUAAGUUGCAUGUACAGCAAAGUGAAGAUAGCAGGGACAUUGCUGUGUGUUGCAGGUGCUUUAACAAUGAGCAUAAUCCACAGUGCAAAAUCAGCAACAGCAACAACAACAGUAAUAUCAACAAGUAAUAAUGUUUUUUUCGAUGAGGACAAGAUCAUAGGAUGCUUCUAUCUAAUGGCAGCCAUCUUUGUUUUGUCCACAAAUGUUGUCCUUCAAGCUGCAACCUUGGCUGAUUUUCCUGCUCCAAUUUCUCUAUGUGCAUUUACAUCUUUGAUUGGUGUCUUUCUCACUGUAACUCUCCAAAUACUAUGUUACCACAAACUUGACUCUGGCUUUCCAAUUCUCAGCCUUUCAAAUUUGAUUAUCUACUCUCUCCUGGGAGGUGUAGUGAGUGGGACAUGUGUGAGCUUCAAUGGGUGGGCCAUGAGGAAAAGAGGGCCUGUUCUUGUUUCCAUGUUCAGUCCCAUUGGGACAGUUUGUUCUGUAGUUCUCUCUAUUUUCACUUUAGGAGAAUCCCUCAAACUAGGAAGCCUUGUUGGUAUGGUGCUCAUGUUUACUGGGCUCUACUUUGUGCUAUGGGCAAAAGGCAAAGAGGGUUACAACACUUACAGUAGCAGCAGCAGCAGCGGUGGCCGAGGCCGUGGUGGUGCUAAUGCCUUAGCUAGCGAGUUUGAUGCAGAGAAGCCUCUCUUAAGUUAACAUACAAAACCUCUGUUGUUUUUUUUUCUUUCUCUGUUUAUCUUUGAUAGCUAAUAGUUUAAGUAGUAACUAGUAACUGGUAACCACAUUCAACCUCAAAAGAACAAUCAAUCAAAUGGAAAAAUGGACUCUUGGGUUGAUUUUGUAUAUACAUAUAUAAAAGUAGUUUACCUUUUUUUGUAUAAAGCUUCAGCAUUUUAUUUUA